GCCUAUAUAACGAUAGAGCAUCCGAGCGGAAGAGGAACGCGGACGAGGGUUUGGAUUUGUGAACUCCUCCUCUCCUUUCAAAUCCAAUCUCCUCUCUCUUUCUCUCCCUCUCUCUCUCUGUGGCGUCGGCGAUGGCAGCGGAAACCUCCAGAUCGGGGGCGUCGGCGGACUCCUACAUAGGGAGCCUCAUAAGCUUGACCUCCAAGAGCGAGAUCAGAUACGAGGGCAUCCUCUACAGCAUCAACACCGAGGAAUCCAGCAUAGGCUUGCGCAACGUACGCUCUUUUGGAACUGAAGGCCGAAAGAAGGAUGGGCCACAAAUUCCUCCUAGUGAUAAGAUAUAUGAGUACAUACUGUUCCGGGGAACUGACAUUAAGGACUUGCAAGUUAAGUCCUCUCCACCAGCUCAGCCAACUACCAUAAACAAUGAUCCUGCUAUAAUUCAGACGCAUUAUCCUCAUCCUGUAUCUACCUCUACAAGUCUGCCUACUGCUGGAAGUGGAGGUACAACAACAGACGUUACUUCCCAUUCGGCUCAGUUGGGACUUCCUAGGCCAACGUUUCAGGGCGGUUUACCUCCUUACCAGCCAAGUGGAGGCUUAGGGACUUGGGGUUCUUCACCCGCCCCACCAACCGCAAAUGGUUCUGGGCUUGGAAUGCCACCAAUGUAUUGGCAAGGAUAUUAUGCCCCGUCUAGUGGGCUGCCGCAGUUGCAACAGACAACAUUGCUCAGACCGCCACCAGGAUUGCCUCUGCCUCAUUCAAUGCAGCACCCUUUUCAAUAUCCCGGAAUAAAUCCUUCUUUACCAUCUGGAGCUCAAAGUUUUCCUGAGCUUCCUCCUCUGUUUCCACAAACCAACUCAAACCCAGCUCUGACAUCUAGUCCUUUGCCAUUGACAUUGGAUCUUUCAUCAACAAGCUCAUUAUCUAUGGAAACGUCAUCCACUCUUUUGCAAAAUAAGGCUCCUGUAACAACUAUCGCUGCAUCAGCUUUUGGCACUAGUCUUCCUCUGGCCUCACUAUCCAUUUCUAAUUUUGAGAAAGUUAUCCCUCCAACUACACCUGCUUUUAGCUCCAACCCUAUCAUCGGACAUGGUUCUACCUUGCCAUAUUUAUCCAUUUCACAGCCAGAACCCCCUACCACUGUUUCAUCAAGUUCUAGUCAAGUUGAAAAGGCAGUAGCCUUAGUGACUCCAGAUAAGCUGUUGCCGCUUGUCACCACUGUGCUUCCGUCAUCUCAGCCAUUGCAGACAGGUAAAAUAGAUGCUGAUGUUAAAGUGGGUGAUGAGAAAGCUAAACUAUCGCUUUCUGAACCAACACUCGGUGCACCUGCAGAAACCAAGGAGCCAAUAUUGCCACUGCCAAAAUCUAACUUGCACAAGGCUAAUGGGGCUACCUCACACAAUUUCUACAAUAGAGGGCGUGGAAGAGGGCAAGGAAACGUUCCACGCCAUGUGACAAAAUUUACUGAAGACUUUGACUUCACAGCAAUGAACGAAAAGUUCAACAAAGAUGAAGUUUGGGGCAACCUUGGUAAAAAUAAAACCCAUUUGAAGGAUAAUGAUGGAGUGUUUCAGGAAGAUGAAACUUAUGAUACUCUGGAAGAAGACGAUGAUACUCUAAAUAAGAUCACGUCUAAGCCUGUGUACGUAAAGGAUGAUUUCUUUGAUACUCUUUCUUGCACCACUCUUGAUCGUGGAACUCGGGGUGGGAGAACAAGAUUUUCGGAGCAGUUGAAAAUAGACACAGAGACUUUUGGGGAUUUUACAAGACUACGGCCAGGUCGCAGUGGCGGACGUGGCUUCCGUGGCGGAGGACGUCGAGGAUCCUACUACGGAGGUGGCUAUGGAUACAAUAGAGGCCGUGGUUAUGGUUACUCACAUCGUGCUUCCUAGAGAAGGGCUAUGCCUAGAAUAUGUUCCCAGUCAGUGUUUCCUUCGACGUGCGACUGCCACACGGAGAAUAAGCAGAUGCAACCUCAAGCUAAAAUUCUGCAAAAACAUUUUGUCGAUGGAUGGCCCCUCGGGAUAUAUUUUUCAUUGUAGCAGUUAUCUGUCACUGGCAAAACCUAUGUUUCUGCAUAGUUUAGCUUCAUAUUACUCGGAUGCAAGGUUUGGUUGGUUAAUGUUUUUCAUUAGCUACAUAUCAUGGUUUUCGGACCAAUCUCAUGUAAAACAGCAAAAGGAAUGGGUUUUCCCCAAUCUUGUGACUUGCUUAA